AUGUUGUGUAUUGUUGUUGAGGUAAACGGACAUCCUGUCAAGGCUUUUGUUGAUUCUGAAGCUCAAGAAACUAUAAGAGGUUUCUCAACUUUAUUAAAUUCAUCAUCAUCAUUGGCUUCCACAUCAAAUGUUAUACCUCCUAGUCAACCAUCUAAUACUAACGCAUCUACUCCAGGCAACCACACUCUUUCUGCACCUCAUAUUUAUGAAUUCUUAAGUAAAGUAAUGUACAAUAGAAGAUCACAAUUCAAUCCACUUUGGAAUUCAUUUAUAGUGGGAGGAUAUCACAAAGGAGAAAAAUUUCUUGGACAUACUGAUUUACUUGGAACAACAUUUAAAGCAACAACAAUCUCAACGGGUUUUGGAGCUCAUUUGGUACAACCUAUCCUUCGUAAUGCUGUUGAAGGUCGUGAAGAUACACUUACAGAAGAGGAGGCAAUUACAGCUAUAGACAAUUGUAUGAAAGUAUUAUAUUAUAGGGAUACUCGUAGUUUAAAUAAAUUUCAACGUGCAAAAAUAACAGAACAAGGUUUUGAAAUAACUCAACCUUAUUCUGUUGCGACGGAUUGGAAAUAUGCAGAAGGAAUUAGAGCCUCGGAUAAAUUAAGCAAGAAUGCUUCUUGGAACGAGAAUAUUUUAUUAAACAUAAAAAGAUUGGAUGCUGACAAAGAUGCGAACCUGAUUAUUAAAUGUUGGGACAAUAGAAUCAAAGGACCAGAAAGUAUUUUAAUUGAAGUGAAGAUUUGUUUAAAUGAAAUUGAAUUAACAUUUAAAAUUUACUUUAUAGUAAAUCGGCCACCCAAGAACAUAUCUUAUAAAGAAAAAGAAAGGACUGUGAUGAUUUUAAUAACCCGUUUAAAAUAUAAGGAUUUGUGCGGGAUGUCUGGUCCUUUAGAAUUUAAGUUGGAUCAAGACAAACAUUCAACCAAGGAUUACUGGAAAACCUCACAAUCAGAAUUCAAAUGGCCAGUAUCCCUAUUUUUACUUGACAAGAUCAGUGGACUGACUAUUCAUUGUGUGCUUUCAAGUAAUCAGGGAUGCCCAACAACUAAAAUAAAAAUUGGCCCAUCUAAUAAUAAAUCCGAGAACCGGAUCUGGAAAAAUUUAAUAAAGUCUGUUGGGCCGAUUCCACUAAUGGAAAGAGGAAUGGAUUAUUCAAAUCUAGAGUUUUUAUUAACACUGCAUACGAUUACUCCAAUAAGUGAAUUAUCAUCAUCGCCAAUUCUUACUCGUAAUAUAUUAGAUUCAUAA